UUGACGAUGAAAGCAGCAGACGAAGUGUGUCCCUAGCUAUAAUAGAGGCCAGAAUCUCCAGCUCGUUAUCACAUCUUCCUGGUUCUAACCUUACAAACAUUUUUGUUUAAACAUGACGAAGAGAUGGUCACGUUUGCUUCUCGUUGCAUUAUGGAUGGCUUUAAAAACAGAGGCCGUGUCAGAAUGUCCAGACGGUCAAUAUGGUCAAAACUGUGAAAAAUUGUGCGUCAACCGGAAGUGUCAGGAUAGUUCCGGUUCGUCAUGUGAUCACUUGACUGGAGAGUGUGUCAGCGGCUGUAAACGAGGAUUUUAUUCUGUGGAUUGUGUCGAGCGUUGCGAUACAGAUCAUUAUGGCACGAAUUGUGAAUCGCUGUGUGCAGACAGACAUUGCAAGGGAGAACAACUCUGUCACUAUGCUUUGGGAUACUGCGAUGACGGAUGCCUCCCAGGGUGGACAGGAUUUACAUGCACGGACACUGCCACUAGUACCCAGGAUCACAGAGACGAUAUCAUCAUCGCUCUUGCUGUGGCAGCAGGAGUUCUUCUUUUAUUCCUGGUCAUAGCCAUGUGUACUCUCUGCUGGUACAUUAGACGUCUGCCGAGGAAGUGGAAAUCAAAUGAGCAUCUUGAGAUGAAUAGAACAAUCAGCCAAUUAAAUCAAGCGACAGAUACCGCUUCUCUAGAAUACGACACGGCGGAUGGACAAUACAACAAGGCUCGUUCAGUUGGACAGUCACGUGAUAAAACAUUAGAACAGCCCAAUCGCUUUAGCAGUGGGAGUGGCUAUGCAAAUGUGGUCCUUGAAACAAAUCAGUAUGAAUCACUUGAUUCCUUCAGCUCACCUAAGAAUGAUUACGCUAACAUAACAUGAUUAGACAAAUCGGCCCACUGUCCUGCAGAGACAGCCCAGAUAGCUGAGGUGUGUGCCCAGGACAGCAGUGCUUGAACCUUAAUUGGAUAUAAGCACGAACAUAAGUUGAAAUGAAAUGAAGACAAACCAGUGCAGUGAUUCACCUGACCUCAAAUAGAAAGG